GUUAGGUUGUAACACAUGAUAGCUUAGAAGAUACUAUUGUCACAGAGCGAGUUACAACAUCACACCCAGCACAAACUCAGGGGGAGGGGACGUCUGCCAAACCCAGAGGGAGAGCACAGCAGUGGUGAGUGGAGGUGAACAUGGAAGCAGCGAGUCGCUCGGAGGUGUUCGGCCAGCUCAGGAGGGAGCUGUAUGGGGAGCACGGGUCCGACCGCUCCAACGUCUUCAUCAUCCUGGGAGCCUCAGGGGAUCUGGCCCGGAAGAAGAUCUACCCCACCUUAUGGCUGCUCUUCAGAGACGGUCUGCUCCCGGACCACACCUACUUUGUUGGAUUUGCUCGCUCCAAGCUGAGCGUGGAGGACAUCCUGCAAGCCUGUGGGCCUCAUAUGAAGGUGAGCGACCAGGACCAGGAGUCCCUGUCGGCCUUCACCGGGAGGAACUCCUACCUGAGCGGCAGCUACGACGACGGCCAGAGCUUCCAGCGACUCCACCAGCACCUGUCGUCUCUGCCUGGAGGAGAAAGCAGCAACCGCCUCUUCUACCUGGCGCUGCCGCCCACCGUCUACCACAGCGUCUGCACCAACAUCCGGGCCCACUGCAUCAGCUCUGGAGGCUGGAACAGAGUCAUCGUGGAGAAGCCAUUUGGUCGAGACCUUCAGAGCUCCCAGGAGCUGUCGGUCCACCUGUCCUCCCUGUUUGCUGAGGACCAGAUCUACCGCAUUGACCACUACCUGGGCAAAGAGAUGGUCCAGAACCUCAUGGUGCUCAGAUUUGGGAAUCGCAUAUUUGGGCCCACGUGGAACCGGACCAGUGUGGCCUCCGUGGUCUUGACUUUCAAGGAGCCAUUCGGCACUCAGGGCCGUGGAGGAUAUUUCGAUGACUUCGGCAUCAUUCGUGACGUCAUGCAAAACCAUCUUCUUCAGAUGCUCUGCUUGGUUGCCAUGGAGAAGCCGGCCUCCACCAGCCCUGAUGAUGUCAGAGAUGAGAAGGUGAAGGUGCUGAAGCGCGUCUCCCCGCUCGCCCUGUCGGACGUGGUCCUGGGUCAGUAUGUAGGCGACCCUGCAGGGGAGGGUCACUCCCAGCAGGGGUACCUGGAUGACCCCACGGUGCCUCCAGACUCCUGCACCCCGACGUUUGCUACCGCCGUGCUCUACGUGCAGAACGAAAGAUGGGAUGGGGUCCCCUUCAUACUGCGAUGUGGGAAGGCGCUGAACGAGCGGAAGGCCGAGGUGCGCCUGCAGUUUACCGACGUGCCGGGGGAUAUUUUCGGGGACCGCUGUCAGAGGAAUGAGCUGGUGGUGAGAGUGCAGCCAGAUGAAGCCAUCUACCUGAAGAUGAUGACCAAGAGGCCCGGCGUUUACUUCUGCCCGGAGGAGACGGAGCUGGACCUGACCUACAGGAGCAGAUACAAGAACCUGACUCUUCCAGAUGCGUAUGAGCGACUGAUCCUGGACGUCUUCUGUGGGAACCAAAUGCAUUUUGUCCGCAGUGACGAGCUGCGCGAGGCCUGGAGGAUCUUCACCCCGCUGCUGCACCAGAUGGAGGCGGAGAGGACGCGUCCGAUCCCCUACACGUACGGGAGUCGUGGCCCCCCGGAGGCAGACGAGCUGCUGAAGAGGGUGGGAUUCCGUUAUGAAGGGAAAUACAAGUGGGUGAAGCCCCACUCAGCAUGAAGUCACUGCCCAGCCGAUUCCUCUUCACCACUGUCUCUCAAUCAAUCAAUGGUUGUGGCACUCUUCUGCUGCACCUUCUUCACUCCACCUGGGAUUGAUUCUUGUCCCGUUCCAAUGACUGAGGACGCAGAGCCAUGUCAGCACUGACCCACAGCUGGCUGCAGACCGACACUGGCCGUGACCCCCACAAACCUUUGGCUUGAAUUAAAUAUGUUCACGAUGGAACGUUGGAAAGAGUUUUAUUUGAAACACAGCAUCGGGUCAUUUCACGAGAACCAGCCCCUGAUACCAUCGACGCAGUGACUGGUGUCAUACAGUCGAGUCCCUGAAUUCACGCGGAUGCUCGGAAACCAAGAAGGAGAACCUUGUCAGACAUUCAUCACCAUCGUGAAAGAUGAAAAUCGACACACUGGCCCUCACACACAGACGCGCGACAAACGGAGGCUCUUCAGAAGAGGCUUGACGUUCCUUUCACCGAAUACUUCGACGUUUAUUUCACACCCACGUUUGUAUUUUGUUUGGACCCUUUCAUACACAUAAUAACAAUGUUUGUCAAUAUUAUAUUUCAAGUGUUGGUCAUCGUCACAGUAACGCUGACGACAGUUUGGGCCAUCAGAUUGCACAUUUCAACACAACGUACAUUCACUUUUUUUGUUUCAUAUUUGCGAGUGCAAAUGCUUUUCAGGAUUAUAUUCAUUUCAUUCAUUCAAUAAAUUAAGUC